AUGGUUGCCCAGAAUGUAGCCAUCAUUGGUGCCAGUGCCUCUGGCCUAUGUGCCCUGAAAUGCUGCCUGGAUGAGGGGCUGGUACCCACAUGCUUUGAGAUAUCAGGAGUCUCCGGCUCUUUAAGUCAUGCUCCACUCCUGCAGGAGCACCCCGAGGAGGGUCGCGCCAGCAUCUACCGCUCUGUCAUUAUCAACACCUCCAAGGAGAUGAUGUGCUUCAGUGACUUCCCCGUACCUGAGGACUUCCCCAACUACAUGCACAGCUCCAAGAUCAUGGAGUACUUCCGCAUGUACGCCCAGCACUUCGACCUGCUCCGCCACAUCCGAUUCAGAACCAGCGUGUGCCGGGUGUCCAAGCGUCCCGACUUCGCCGCCACGGGCCAGUGGGAGGUGGUGACGGAGAGUGAGGGGAAGCAGGAGGCUGCCAUCUUUGAUGCUGUGCUGGUGUGCACCGGGCACCACACCGAGGCCCACCUACCGCUGAGCUCCUUCCCAGGGCUGGAAAAGUUUGAGGGCUGGGACUACAAGAGCCCGCAGUCCUUCUCAGGGAAGCGGGUAGUCAUGGUUGGCAGUGUGAAUUCAGGCAUCAACAUCGUGGUGGAGCUGAGCCAUGCAGCUGAGCAGCCCUGUGCCCACUUGCCAAACCUGCCCAGUCUCCAUGUCUACAGGUAUGUGAAGAGCCAGCGGCACACCAUCCAGGUGGAUUAUAUCCCCUACAUGGAUGAGCUCGCCUCGCAGGUGGGGGUCAAGCCCAACCUGCUCACCCUCUUCCUCACUGACCCCAAGCUGGCACUGGAGGUUGCCUUCGGGCCCUGCACACCAUACCAGUACCGUGGGGGCCCGGGCAAGUGGGACAGUGCCAGAGAGGCCAUCCUCACCCAGCGGCAGUGUGUGCUCAGGCCCCUGCAAGGCAAUGCUGGAGACCACCCUGCAGGCUCCAGAACCACACCCCACAUCUUCAGGGUCUUUUUCAGUAUCGGGUUGAUUGUGGCCACCCUGAGGUAUGUCUUGCUCUCUUCUUAA